AAUAGUAAGCAUUUGGUGGUGCUUUUGUUUUUAAGGUAAAAAUAAAAAUAAAAAGAAAGAAGAUUAUUUCGUCUCUCUCAAGAUCGAAAAUAGAAAGUUCAUUAUAACGUUUCUCCCCUUCUCUCUUUCGAUUGUCUCUGGGCUUUCUUUUGAUUAAUGGAGAUGAUCACAAGAGGUAGUGGGAUCCCCAACGGCGUCGUUCAGGUCCCGAAACUGUUGCACCAGUAUUUCAUCUCAAGCAACCAUUUUUGUCAACGAGAUCACUCUGAUGAUCAGAAUGGUGGUGAGAAGAAAGAAGAAGCUGCAGAGGAGGAGGAGAAAGAUGUCGAGCUCACGUUAGGUCUUUCCCUUAAUGGACAGUUUGGUACGGAUCCGAGAUCGAGGAAAAGGAACAACUUUGAACUGGCCCGAUCUUCUUCCAUACCCGAAGGUUUCUUCUUCCAUGAGCUAAGAUCAGCCGGCGGAGAUAUGAUGCAGCGUAGAGCUGAAGACAUGUUCCAGCUGGAUCGGACGCGCUCGCUUCCUGUCGUAACGGAGAUGGAGACAGAGAGGAAGAGGAUGCGAUCGGAGAAGACGAGGGUGUUUAUGGAAUCUCCGGUUCAUCCUCUGUCCAAAGAUCAAAACAGAGCCGAGGUAGAGGAAGAGAAGGCUAGGGCGUUUAUGGAAUUCAAGAUCCCUCCGACGAAGGAAAAGGAAGUAAAAGAUGGGUUUGUCGUCCCUGGUCCGGUCAACGAGAAGGGUAAAACUGGAAAUACGGCGAGGAAGAAGAAGAAGAAGGACGCGGAAGUUUCGGGAAUGGAGAAGGCGAGGAACAUCCUAGAAGACAUGCCGUGCGUGUCGACGAGAGAUGUCGGAGCCGACGGGAAACGAGUGGAAGGGUUCCUAUACUGGUACGGAGGGAACAAGGAGGAAGUCAAGAUAGUCUGUGUUUGCCACGGCAGCUUUCUUUCUCCGGCGGAGUUCGUUAGGCACGGUGGAUGCACCGUCAGCGACGAUGAUGUUACGAUAAACCCUCUUAAACAUAUUGUUGUUAAGCUGCCUUCUUCUUCCUUGUAGUUCAUUUGCUUAGGGAUAAUCCCAUCUAAUUAAUAGAGAGACGACUAUAUAUUAUUUCAUUCA